AUGGAUAAGAGUUGGAUGAAGUUGCCGCGAAGUUCGCGAGAGUAUAUUCGCGGGGUUAUGGCGUUUGUGAAAUUUGCACGUGAACAUGAGAGUAGAAAAGGGGUCAUUGUGUGCCCCUAUAAGAAGUGUUUUUUGGGCAAAUCAUGGUCCUGUAAAGUUGUAUUUGCCCAUUUAACGUCAGGUGUCGGGAUUAUUGAGGGUUACACUGAGUGGAUAAUGCAUGAGGAAUCACUUGUCCCUCCCGUUCAUAACGAGACAAUACAUGAAGCUCCCAGAACGCUUCAAGUGGAUAGCAUUCCACUACAUGAGGGGUCAAGUGGGAUGCAAGACAUGCUUACUGACGUUUUCGUGAUGCACGAUGUUUGUGUAGAAGUCGGUGAGUCUCAAGUGGGAGUAGAGGCCGAAGCCGAAGCCAAGUCUGUGGAUGUUGAAAUUGAAGACUCUAACAGGGUGCCGAAUAAGUUAGAAGAAUUGCUAAAGGAUGCCGAUACGCCACUCCAUGGAAAUACAAAACACAGCAAAUUGGGAGCUAUUGUGCGUCUAUUUAGUAUUAAGUGUAUGGGCGGUUGGAGCAAUACAUCACUCUCUAUGUUGCUCGAAUUCAUUAAUGAGCUGAUGCAUCCAGAUGCAAGUUUGCCUAAGGACACAUAUGAGGCAAAAAAGUACUUGAAGGAUUUGGGCCUUGAGUAUGAGAAGAUAUCGGCUUGUUGCAAAGGUUGUAUGUUGUUUUGGAGGGAAAAUGAAAAGUUGGACAAAUGUAAAUUCUGCAAUGAGUCCAAGUGGAAGGAUGACUUAACUAAUGAAGAUGGGUCGACAAAAAGUUCGAAAAAAAAGUCGGUCAAAGUGUUGCGUUGGUUUCCUCUAAUACCAAGGCUGCAGAGGUUGUUUAUGUCACAUCAUACAUCGCCACAUAUGAAGUGGCACGCUCAAGGUCGUACAAAAGACGGUGUGUUGAGGCAUCCGGCCGAUGGAGAAGCAUGGAAGACAUUCGAUUCACGUUACCCAGUAUUCGCAUCAGACCCGCGAAAUGUGAGGCUUGGUUUAGCGUCAGAUGACUUCAAUCCUUUUGGGAACAUGUCCUCUAGUCACAGUACUUGGCCGGUAAUGCGAUGGUUGCCUCCGGAUCUUCCAUGGAGAAGAAACAAGAGACGAUUCAACGGUGCGCAGGAAAUGGUUGGUCCUCCCAAAGUGCCGGAUGGCGAUGAGAUCAUGAGACAAUUAGAGUGUGUUGUCAAUCGGGCAAGGACCGGACAGAAGCUGCCGGCUGGGGAAGUAGAUUGGAAGAGGCGAAGUGUAUUAUACGAUUUGUUUUAUUGGAAAUAUCAAUUACUACGCCAUAACAUUGAUGUGAUGCACACAGAGAAAAAUAUAGUUGGUAACAUACUUGGCACGCUAUUGGACAUGAGCAGUAAAACCAAAGACAACCACGAAGCACGUCAAGACUUGCGUAAGAUGAAAUUGAGACCAGAACUCUAUCCAUUUAUCACGGAAAACGGCAAAACACUUUUGCUCCCAGCUUGUUUCACAAUGACGAAAAAAGAGAAGACUGACUUCCUGCAAGUGUUCCAUGAUGUUAAAGUGCCCGAUGGAUAUUCUUCAAAUGUGUCACGUUGUGUCAAGCUCAAGGAAUGUACUGUUGGGGGUUUGAAGAGUCAUGCCAAUCACAUAAUCAUGCAACAACUUAUGCUAAUUGCACUUCGAGGAAACUUACCGGAUGAUGUUGUGAGGCCUUUAAUUGAGCUAUGUGGGUUCUUUAGGGAUAUUUGUUCAAAAACACUGAGGGUGGAAGAUCUGGAUUGUCUAGAGAAUCAAAUACCCAUAAUCUUGUGCAAAUUGGAAUGA